AUUUCGUCAACAUUUAGUUCUAUCUAAUAUAGUUCUAUACUGUAUUUCCAUAAAAUUAUUAUGUCCGCAAUUAAGUGAAGUUGCGGUUGUAAAGUUAGGGAGUGGAGAUGAUAAGCUGGGUCUAGAUUUAUCUCGAAGGUACAUUUUUAAGCAGGAGCCAAAUUAGGAAGAACUUGGAAAAUGGGGCGAUUUUCGGCUAUGGUUCGCAGAGCGAUUUUGAUCAAGACGGGAAAUCCAGCGCAAAUUAUUUUCAACGUGCUCAUCAUGCCGAUGUGGUUUUGCUUUGACCUGCUGAUUUUCACUCGGUUGAUGCCUAUUGCGAUUCACGACAGCAUUGAGACGAAAACCACACAAACAGCUUGGUUUUCUACCACUGGGGACAUCUGGAGAUACGACAACACCGUUCGAUGUCCACCUGAUGAUUACAUCAAAACGGGUUUCGUGGCUUUACAAAUCGUCACUGACGAGGUGCUGAUUUCGCAUCGGGUUCCUGGUGCCCUUGCAGCUGCUGGAGGACUUCUGCGGGACUUGAAUCUCACACAUUUGCCACUGGCUGCCAGUGCAGUGCUGAUUUCGCAUCGGGUUCCUGGUGCCCUUGCAGCUGCUGGAGGACUUCUGCGGGACUUGAAUCUCACACAUUUGCCACUGGCUGCCAGUGCAGUUUACUGGCUAUUCAUUCCGGCGAUUUACACCAUGAACAUUUCGAUCGUCAUUUAUUCCAUAACUUUACUAUCCCAGAUGUUGACAGAGAAGGACAGGAUGAUGAAACCUCUGUUGAAAAUGAUGGGCAUCAGCGACUUCGUCUACUUUUCUUCCUGGAUGUGCGUUCAUUGUGCCGAAGGGCUCGCGAGCAUGGCCGUUUAUUCAGUGGGACUUUUGGUUUUGGGAGUUUUUAGGAAUGUCAAUCUGCUAUCAAUCUACAUCAUGCUUCUGUCAAACGUAGUGGGCCAUGCUGCUUUAAUGGUCCUGUUAACCACGAUCUUGUCGAAUCCGGAAAGUGGAGUAGGUAUUGCGGCUACACUGUGUGUUUUGAUGGCAGCGCCUUUCCUGUUGUUUAUUAUCGUGAGAAGACCGGUGCACCAAGUGGUUAUUUUGGCAUUGUCUUUGCUGAGUCCGACAGCUUUUUGCUCUUCAAUACUGAAUUUGUUCAUUGAAGACCAAAUGGAAGGUCGAGGUCAGAAUGAAAGAUUUUGGUCGUUCGCAACCCCGCAUUCCAGCUACACUUGGCCGCUUCUGGCGGCAGUUUUCAUCAUCAUGGUGGACGCCAUCAUCUACUUCCUGCUGGCACUGUACCUUGACAAAGUCUUGCCGAAAGCAGUAGGGAAAAGAGAGCACUGGCUCUACUGUUGCAAUUCAACCCAGCCGAAAAUUCACCGCUACGACCCUGCUGAUGAUGAUUCGGAAUUGCAUUCCUCGUCUCAUCGUCGCUUUCUGGACCCAGACGUCGUCGAACCCGCGACUCAAGAAGAACGGGUCGCUGUUCGAAUUGAAAACUUGUCCAAGCGGUUCGAUGCUGGAGACGGUCGAGACCAUUGGGCACUCAAGAACUUCUCGUUGGACAUUUAUCAGAAUCAAAUCACGGCCAUCUUGGGACACAAUGGGGCUGGAAAGUCGACUCUGUUGCGGAUUCUCAGCGGGUUGAUGGCACCGACCUUUGGCACUGCUUACAUUCUGGGUUAUGAUGUGAACGACCCCAAGAGCAUGGACGAGGUUCGAAAGAUUAUAGGGGUUUGUCCUCAGGAGAAUGUUUUCAGCAGUGAAUUGACGGUGAAACAACACUUGGAAUUCUUCGCCAGGAUCAGAGGCGUUCGCAAGGCUGACCGAAACCAAGAAAUACGCGAACUUUUGAACAGACUUGAUAAGGAAAACUACGCGGUCGGGGAUCUGAGCGGAGGCCAGCAGCGCCGCUUGUCCAUCGGCACAGCCAUCAUAGGCGGACCGAAAGUCAUCUUCCUGGACGAACCCACUUCCGGGGUGGACCCCUUAUCCCGUCGCAAGCUCUGGGACUUGCUGAAGAACCUUCGCAACGGUCGCACCAUGAUCCUUACCACCCACUACAUGGACGAAGCCGACGGACUAGCCGACAGGAAAGCCCUCAUCAGCGCCGGAAUGCUCAAAUACGCCGGCACAUCCCGCUACAUCCGCGACAAGUUCCGCAUCGGUUACAAGCUAGAGGUGAAUCUCAGCUUUCCAGGAGACCCCGAAAGCCAUCGGUUUCUGGACACGCUAGUUUCCGGCGUGAUCCCCGCGUCGACAAAGAGCCCGGAUCAAAGUCGAUCCCAGGUCUCUUACACGCUACCCCCAAACACGUCCCCCAAGUUCUCUCAACUCUUUCGACUCCUUGACCAAGAAGUCAACUCGCCGUUCGAGUCCCGUAUUCAAAACUACGGCCUGUCGCUGGCGACUCUGGAAGAAAUAUUCUUGGAGCUCGGGCGGCAAGAAGAACAGGCCAAGAAUAAAGGAACCAGCAGCCCGAAUAAUAAGCGGAAGAAGAAGUGGCGCUUUCUAGGUAGAUUAGGCGCCGGACAGGCGCCAGACGAGGAACCGGCCUCAUCACUAGCUGCUGCCGAACAGAACCAUCACGGGUCGAAUGCCACAACGACGGCCCGACGUUCUUCGCGACUUCGGGCUUUGAUGGCGUUAUUAAAACUGAGAUUCUUGCUGAUCCUGAAGCGCCCCGGAGUCAUCGUCUCAAUUUUCUUCUCGCCCCUGCUGAAUUUAACAAUAUGCUUGCUGCUGAGCUACCUUUCCUCGAGCUCUUCUCGCAAUAUUUCCUGGGAAGUAAUCUGGUCCCCGGCCUCUUUCAAGACCCAGUUCGGGAAUACAGUUUGGUACAAGAGCGAUAAUCCGAACGGGAUCCAAAAAUCCCUGGAUUCCGUGGGCAUAGAAACAGUCGAAUUUAACGGGCCUUUCGAAAGCAUUCUACUGCACUCGAAGAAGUCCCCGACUCCGCUUUAUUUUGAGGAAAAUGGAAGCAAAUUGGUGACUUACUUCAACACUACCAUGGCGACUCUGCCACCAGCGACAUCUAACCUACUGUCGAACAUGAUUCUGAAGAAAGCUGGGGUGAAUGAGGUGUUGGUGACUAAGACUGAAGCCUUGCCUAAGAAGCUGUUGAAGACAAGGCGAGGGAUUCCGGCUUUGUCUUUGGUGUCCAAUGUCAUGCUGGUUGCUGGGUUCUCAGCAAUGCCUAUUAGACUGUGUUUGGCAAUUGUGAAUGAGAGGGAAUUGGGGAUUAGAACAGGUCUGAGGAUGAGUGGAUUAGGGAUGAUGGGCUAUUAUUUGCCAUAUGUCAUUUCCCACUGGAUUUUCAUGGCCUUAAUUUUUGUCAUUUUAGUCAUUGGAAUCGUGAUUAUCCCGAUUUCUCCAGUGGCAGACUUUGUACCUUUGACGUUGAUGUGCAUUCUGUACCUCACACAUUUUGUGAACGAGCUGUUGUUUGCUGGAUUGUCAGCGUCACUUUUCGGGAAAGAAGCUACUGCUGGAGCAGUUUUCCCAGUGGCAUACAACAUUCUCGGUAGUUAUUUCACGUAUAUCCCAAUGAUCAUGCUGCUGGCCAGAAGCGAAAGUGACCCAAAAGAACGUUUAUUGUACAACAUAUUCAACUUCAUUUUCGCCUUCUUAUAUCCGCCAUACACGAAUGGAAUGGGGAUCUUCGUGAUGGGAGAGACGUUUUUAAAACUGCGGGAAACGAAGGAAACCGUGGGAUUCUACGAAAUCGUGUCCGAUUGGCUGGUGCUUCCACUUUUCAUUGCAGUGCCUGUGCAAAUGAUAGCACUAAUUUACCUGAUCACGGUGAAGGAUUUAAUGAAUCAUGAUACACCCCUGAGCCAGGCUUUGUUAUUGCGUCCCAGAUCAAAUAAGAGCGAGGGGAUUUACGAGUCGCAUGUAGCAGAGAGAUUUGAACGAGAAGACUCAGAUGUUUUCGAAGAAAGAAAAUUCGUGAGAGAUUAUUUGACUAGAAUGCCUGCUGGAAACUUCGACGAUGUGCCUUUGCGCAGCGAAAGCAGCACUGAUGACCAGAAAAUCCCCGCUAUCGUGGUUAAAAACCUGAAAAAGAGCUACUGGGGUCACGAAAAACUAAACCUGCCAUUCGGGAAAGUUGAGCGACAAAUCGUGCGUGAUCUAGAUUUCCACGUGGACCAAGGACAGAUUUUCGGACUUUUGGGGCCAAAUGGAGCUGGGAAAACUACUACUAUUAAGCUGUUGUUGGCUGAAAACCGACCGACAGGUGGCCAGAUUUUUGUAGGUGGAGAACCUAUUCGCAAUUGUCAUUCUGAAGCCCUUCUGAGACUCGGAUUUUGUCCUCAACACGACGCCCUAUGGGGAGAUUUGAACAUUCGGGAACAUCUCGAAUUCUACGCUGGAGUAAGGUUACGGAAUUGGAAGAAAUCGGAUUGCAAAGUUUUUCUGGACAGCGCUUUACCGAAGAUGAACAUCCUCGACUCGGAACAAACAGAAGCCAUUCGAAAUAUCUCUGGCGGAACGAAAAGAAAGCUUUCUUUCUUGAUCAGCAUAUUUUCUCAACCUUACGCUGUUUUGCUCGACGAACCGACGACAGGAAUGGAUCCCGUGAGCAGAAGAAAGCUUUGGGACAUCAUCAAGUCCCCACUAUUAUGUUCAGAUCUCGUAUUAGAUCACCUCGGAUCUGAAAAAAAUGACGAUUUUCAGUUACGGAAUUGGAAGAAAUCGGAAUGCAAAGCUUUUCUGGACAGCGCUUUACCGAAGAUGAACAUCCUCGACUCGGAACAAACAGAAGCCAUUCGAAAUAUCUCUGGAGGAACGAAAAGAAAGCUUUCUUUCUUGAUCAGCAUAUUUUCUCAACCUUACGCUGUUUUGCUCGACGAACCGACGACAGGAAUGGAUCCCGUGAGCAGAAGAAAGCUUUGGGACAUCAUCAAGUCCGAAGUUGAAGGUCGCAUGGGUGCCAUUCUGACGACACAUUUCAUGGAAGAAGCGGACGUUUUGUGCGACAGAGUCGGCAUCAUGAACCGAGGAUCUAUGAGAUGCAUUGGAACUACACAACAUUUGAGAACCAAGUACGGUUCCAGCUACACUGCAGAGCUCUGGCUUGAUAUAUUGAAAACAGCUCCAGGGGAACGUUCCCAGUUGCUUUCGGAUUUCGCUACGGAAUUUCCGGGAGCGGAAUUUGUUGAAACUUCGGUUGAUCGAAUAAUCUUCUCGAUGGAGUUGACGUACGCAGCUGUGCGCAAGUCCAGGCCCAAGUUGUACUUCAUCGCAGUUGCCAUGAUCGCCCUGGCUGACCGUUCCAUGGUGUAG